UCCACCCCAGUUCUUCCUUUCCUCUGUUCCUAUCCUCCGCAUUUCCAUAUAGCAAAGCUCCUCCCCAGUUUUUUUAGCAGCCCGUGGAUGUAGCAAAGCUCCUCCCCAUUUCUCUCGCAUCUAGCUCCCGCUUUCUAGUCUAGUUCUCAAAUAAAUCAGAGGUAGCAUGUUUCCCGACGGAUGAGAGAUUUUACAGCAUUAACAUUUUCUGUCUACACCUUGUGCAGUGUUUUUGAAUCUCAACCGAGAAAUGAUGCUUCACAGGCAGAUCUGCUGAGCUGGGGAGUCUCGUGUUCUUCCGCUCGUUCUCGUUGGUUGGUCCUUUGGUCUCCAGAAUCAUCCGCGGAGUGCUUUGGAUCGUACUUAUCGCUCUGCACCGUGCACACCACCUGUUCGACUGAAUGCCAUGACGAAGCCAGGCAAGAGAGCGAAAGCAAUGGCCGUUGGCGACAGGAUCAGCGGCCUCCCCGACGAGCUGCUCCACCGCAUCCUGUUCUCCUUGCCGGCGCAGGACGCCGUGCGCACGUGCGUGCUGUCACCAAGGUGGCGCCACCUCUGGUUGUCCGCACGGCACCUCAAUGUCAGCACUCUGGGGUUCACCGGCGAGGUGAGAUUCGCCCAGUUUGUGAAUAACUUGCUGCUGCGUCGUGGCCAUGCACCUCUCGACACCUUCUGCCUGCGUGCUGAGGGGCCUCACAUUUUGUUUGACAAUAUCCGUGACACUGCCAACCUGUGGAUAUACCAUGCCCUGAGGUGCAAUGUUCAGGCGUUGAUUAUUGCCGACCAUGACCUGUACGAGGAAGGCGAAACAGAAGAUAUUCUUAGAACCUUCCACCCCGACCGUUACUCCUUUACCUCAUCACACUUGAAAAGAUUGCAUCUUCACUAUGUUUGUGUCAGCAAUUGCCUCAUCAAGCAGCUCUUUUCUGGCUGCCCGGCGUUGGAAGACCUAGAGAUGAAUGACUGUGACAUCACUGCCACAGAAUUUUCCUCUACCACAUUGAAGAACUUGAGCAUCAGCACCGUUGGUUUCUCUGUAACAAAAGAUGAGGAAGUUGAUAUUGUUAUAAAUAUGCCUAGUCUAGUCUCGCUAUGCAUCGGUGCACUACUCUGUACGAAGCCUUCUUUUAUCAACAUGCGAUCAUUGUUAACAGCCUCCAUUCACUCAGAACAGACAGGGUUUGAAUUUGUUAAUGGCUGCUCUAUUCUUCGUGCUUUUUCGAACGCCAGGAACUUGACACUGCUGCACGUUGGCCCCAUGGUUGGGAAGGAAUUAUUGGGAAAUGAGAUACUAUUCCAUCAAGUAGUGUUCACUAAUUUGACAACUUUGUCUUUGAAUGAAUGGUGUUUGCAUAAUAGCUGCAAAGCACUGCUGUACGUGCUUAGGCACUCACCUAAUUUAGAAAAGCUUACUCUUGGGUUGUCCGAGGUUGGAGCUUUAAUCUAUCGACGUCCCGAGCUUUCAGGAAAUUUUGCUGUGAAAAUAAACCCCUGUUGCAAGGGAACAGAGACACCAUUUUAUUGCCAGAAGCUUAAGAAAAUCGAAAUUACCUGCCCAAAGCAUGAUAAAAGAGUCGGUGUCGUGGUGGCGAUCUUAUGCGCUAACCUUAUCUCUCUCCCAGAAAUAAAUAUCAAGCCAUCUUGAGGUAUAUUAUGGUGAUCGAAACGCUGGUGACCUGGCUGGAUUAGAGCUUGUCGAACUGCAUGCAUCGGACUUGCUGGCUUCAUAGCGCUUAUGUGUACUGAUUUGUUACUGUGGUUUAUUUCGAACGCCCGUCGCCAUUCACUGGCAUAGCCGCA